AUGGCGACCAACAAUUCAUACCCAAUUUCGUCGAAUUCACGAACAAAGUUAAAUGCCUUUCGCUACAAAGACGAAGACGACAACACAAGCAAAGACGGGACAAAACCAGCUCAUGGGAACAAGGAAAAUCAGAAAUCGUGGUCCAACGGGGUGGUAGAGCCGAUGCAGACAUCACCAGACAAAAGCAAUCCUCAGGCUACUCAAGCACCAGCUCCAAAGUUCGAACUCCAAGAGGUGAAACCGAUCAAGGAAUGUCCUCAGACCCCGGGAAACAGGAUACCUCUGGCGGAUUUGAUCAGCAAUGCCGAGGAUUCUUUCGAUCCUGCUCCAGGUCCUGAAGUGACUCCAGUUGAGCAUGUCAUUUGGCAGCAUGUCCCUGCCAGCUCAAAUCCAGAUAACUCAUCGCAAACGCCCGCAGGUCGUCGAAGGAAGCGACGACUCAGUUCUUCUCCGAACGGUUCUCCCUCCAAUGCGAAUUCCAAAAAACACCCAAAGGAGCCUCUCGAUCUGCAGUCAAUACAAGCACUAUUCAAAACACCACAACACGAUAUGGCAGCUGAGUUGUGGAACAACUAUGUGGAUAAAAACAUGGUCGAUGGUGCUGAAGAUCUUCCUCCGCCUCGUCUCGCCAACCUGCUUUCCUCUUCACCCCAGACGCCUGGCUCCGGCAGGACAAGUCGAGAUUCCUCGGGUCUAAGACGUUCAAUCAGUUGUGCUGCUGAGUUUCCCACAUCUCGAGCGAAGAGACGACGGUUCAACAGACAAGACGGAGGUGGUGCUAAUCGCGGCAUAUUUCAGCGAACGAGCAGCAAUGUCCUUGAGUCUGGAAAGCCCAAAGCUUCUAGGAUCAGCUAUCUCAUGGAGAAGAUCGAGAAAUCAAUACACCUGGCUCCGGUCGACGCAAAUCCACCUGGUUCAUCGCCUCUUCGGCAACACAUGGAUGCGCGAAGGUGUCGUUCGUCUUCUCCAACAAAAGAUCGCAAAGCCCUCGAAGAUCUUGCGGAAACCAAUGAAUCUCCAUGUGUUGCACCGGUCGAUAAAGGAAGGCCUGGUCAAAUGCCCGUGCUUCAAGAAUCGUCUUCAGACUUUGGAGACGAUGAUCUUGAUCAAGAUCUCAUCGACUUGGCUGAUGCUUCAGCGGAUCCCUUUGUUGAUACAGUACGACCAACAAUCGGGUUUGAUACUCUAGGCUCUUCAAGCUGGGCCGCUCUCGCCGCUGAGAAAUCUCGCUCCUGGCAGCCAAGGGAGAAUGCAAUGCUCGACAGCGAACCUCCCUCCACCUCUCACAACCUUACGAAUAAUGAAACAAAACGUGAUGAAUUCGAUGACUUUGAUGACGACUAUGAUGAUCUGCCGGACAAUUUGCAAGAAAUCCUAGCAAAAUGUGAUAAAAAGCUGGACCAAGCAAACAUGACCACUGGCGAACCUAAGAAGUCAGAUACAACGAAUGCCCCCGUGGGUCCUGCGUCUAUCAAAGCCCCCACAACGACGGGUGUCGGAGACGAGGCUGCGUCAUCCGAUGAUGAGUUUGACGAUGAUUUUGAUUUAGAGGCUAUCGAGCAGACUAUGAAGCAGGCAGGGGAAGGUAAACCAGCUCAUAACCUUAAAGAUCGACAAGCUAUCAAACGUUACCAAGUCAUUGACAUCGCGGAGGGCACAUAUGUCAACCCCAAAGGGCGUACUCAAUCCGAGCAGGAUUUGCUAGUCGAAGACGAGAAAACACGAGACCGCAAGGUCAUCAUCCUGCGAGAAACAUGGUUUGAUACUCCUUGCACCAAGGACUCAUACAUCCAUCUGGUCGGAGACUUCAACUCUGCCGGCCAGUGCAUCGUGGACAACGCCAACAAUAUGGUCAUCCUUCAUCCCGAUCAUCUUAUCUCUGCGACGGUUGUGGCAGACUCAGUCGAAUGCCAACGACGAGCUGUUCUCCAAGAUCGAGUCAAGGUCAUCGCAGCGCUCGAGAGACCACAGGCAUUCGGUGUAUUCUUUCACGAGAUCUUCCAAGAAGCUCUGAAAUUGAACCAAUGGGAUAUGGAUUCUAUGAAAACUUUGGUCGAAACUGUCAUGGGGAGACAUGUUGAAGAUCUGUACUCGAUCCAGAUGAGCAUACCCGAAGCUGUUGAAUAUCUCAUGAGCAAAAUGCCUGGUGUUCUUGCUUGGGCAGAUACAUUCCUUCAUCUGAAGCCGCAGGCCACCUCCAUGGUUGAGGACCGGAAUAGCUCCAAGCUUAAUUUAAGCAUUAACAAGCUACUUGAGGUGGAGGAGCACAUCUGGUCUCCGAUGUACGGUCUCAAAGGAAACAUAGAUGCGACGGUGCAAGUCGCUUGUCGCGAGCAAGGAAUUAAUAAGAACCUGGUUGUUCCUCUUGAACUCAAGACUGGGCGGAGAGAUACGAACCAGGCACACAGAGCUCAAACAGCACUUUACACCUUGCUCCUAUCUGAUCGCUAUGAUGUCGAUGUCACCUUUGGACUUCUUUACUAUCUUGAGGUGUCAAGGACACUCAGCAUCCGCGGAAUUCGACAUGAACUUCUCCAAAUGCUCCAGGUGCGAAAUCGGCUGGCAGGGUAUAUCCGCGAAAGAGAUGUUCUUCCACCGAUGCUGAAGAAGGCACGCAAAUGUAGCAGAUGUUAUGCAAAGACCCCUUGCCUCAUUUACCACAAGCUUGCUGAAGAUGGCGAUGGCGAGACCAGUGGACUUGCCGAAGACUUUGACGUGUCUGUCGGUCAUCUGAACAACGGUGAUCGUGACUUUUUCCGGAAGUGGGAUGAACUUCUUACCAAAGAAGAAGGGAAUCUGGUCAAGUUCCGACGAGAACUUUGGACAUUGUUGAGCCACGAGCGUGAAGCUCUCGGUCGAUGCUUCGGUAAUGUCGUUCUUGAUACCAAGUCUCCCUACGAGGAAAACACUGGUGCGAAGAUCAAUCGCUACCACUACACAUUCAACAAAAGACAACCAGCCCCUGGUUUUUCUUUUACGGAAUCACAGAUUUCCAUUGGUGAGCCGAUUGUUGUUUCUGACGAAAACGGUCACUUUGCCCUCGCGAACGGAUAUGUGGUGCAAGCCAGUUCCUUGCAUAUCAAGGUUGCGGUUGACCGUAAACUUCACAAUGCGAGGUCACGAACAGCUGGAUUUGAUGCUGCUACAAAUCAAUCAUUCAAGGGGAUAAUGGAGAUCGGGACAACAGAGCCCGCUGUUCUCGAGGAUUCAGAUGAGCAAGUUGUUUACCGAAUCGACAAAGACGAGUUUAGCAACGGCAUGGCCAUUGUCCGAAACAAUCUUAUCUGCAUGAUGGACAAAGACCUAAUCCAAGCCAAAGAAAUGCGGCGACUCAUCAUUCAGGGGGAAGCCCCUGCUUUCAAGACUUCAUCAUCUGCCUACCCGAUCUCAGAUCCCGAAAGCCUCAAUGUUGAUCAAAGACAAGCUAUUGACAAAGUUAUGGGUGCCAAAGAUUAUGCUCUCGUCCUCGGUAUGCCCGGGACUGGAAAGACAACUACCAUUUCUCACAUCAUUCGGGCCCUUGUUGCACAGGGUAAGAGUGUUCUUCUCACGUCUUACACACAUACUGCAGUCGACAAUAUUCUGCUGAAGAUCAAGGAUGACAACAUCCGUGUCCUGCGUAUUGGUGCCACCACCAAAAUCCAUCCAGAUGUUCAAGACUUUGCGGAUCUUGCCGCAAUUCCGAAAGCAACUAUCGAAGAGCUCAAGGAUUCGUAUGAGAAGCCGCAGGUCGUGGCCACUACAUGCCUAGGAGUCAACCACAACAUCUUCAACCAGCGCAUCUUUGACUACUGCAUCGUCGAUGAGGCUUCACAAAUUACGCUUCCGGUCUGUCUGGGCCCAAUUCGAAUGGCAAGGACUUUCAUUCUUGUCGGUGACCACUACCAAUUGCCGCCCCUAGUGCAGGACAAGGCCGCUCAAGAAGGGGGCCUGGAUGUCAGUCUCUUCAAACUGCUGUCAGACGCACAACCAGAUUCGGUCGUCAAUCUUGAGCACCAGUAUCGCAUGUGCGAAGAGAUCAUGUUACUCUCCAACACUCUUAUCUACUCGGGUCGCCUUAAGUGCGGCACACCCAAAGUAGCUGCCCGUUCCUUGGAUCUGCCCAACAUCAACGCCCUGGAUCAAUUCCACGUCAAGGACUUAGGCCAUUCUCCAUCGCAAAAGGACAUCUGUCUGGGCAACCCACAUACUCCCUGUUGGAUACGAGAUCUCCUAUUACCAUCAGCAAAGACCCGUCUGGUUAACACUGAUUCCAUCGGUCCAACAGCCCUCGAAAUAGCACAGGGUAACCGAGUCGUGAACCACAUGGAAGUCUUCCUCUGUGCCCAACUCGUCGAAUCAUUCAUCGCUUGUGGCAUUCCCGCCCGAAACAUCGGCGUGAUAACCUUCUACCGCAGCCAACUCUCACUACUCCGCCAAAGUCUACGCCAUCACAUCCCGGACCUGGAAAUGCACACAACAGACAAAUUCCAAGGCCGAGACAAAGAAGUCAUAAUCCUUAGCUGCGUCCGCAGCAACACAGAAAACAACGUUGGCGAGCUCCUUCGCGACUGGCGCCGUGUCAACGUCGCCUUCACCCGCGCUCAAACCAAACUCCUCGUCGUCGGCAGCAGAUCCACCCUCCGCGACGGUAACGACUUACUCUGCAAAUACGUCCGUCUAGUCGAGAGCAAAGGAUGGGUCUACAACCUCCCCGGCACAGCACUAGACAAGCACGUCUUUCCAUCCUUCAUCUCACAAUCCCAACUUAUGUCCCCUGGUGCUCCCGGCUCUUCAAAGAGCAAGAAGGCGAAAACAAGUCCAACAAACACGAAGAAUUCCCCCGCUUCUCGUUCUUCCUGUGAACCAUUGAAUCCACUCGGCUCCCGACAACAAGACAAGGGUCUACGGAAACCUGCCAAGACAGGUGCUAAACUAUUCAAUGGUACCAACGUUGUUGGGAAUCGACCUAUCCUUCGGGAUAUCGUGAACGACCUCACGGGUUAG